GUAGAAGUGUUUUCGUUUCCAUAGAAACGAUGGGCGUUGCCAGCGAAGUUAGUGCUGUGUCAGUGACAUGAUGAGCCAUUUUUACAUUGUAGCAUCAGUUCACAACAAUACAUUUUAAAAUAAUUAGCAUUGACGUUAAACAACAAAACUGGUUAGUUAGCCACAUUCUAGCAAGCUGACUAGCAACGUUGUAACACUAGCAAAAAUGCGGCCACAAAGACAGCAGACCAACAACAAUACAGCCAUUACAGGAAGGUGUCUUUCUCCCACGGUCAACAGCUAUAAACUGCACUUUACAGCAGUGAACUCUCAAAUACCAGAGAUAAAUGUUCAAAGACCACUGGACGUCCGAUGGUCUAAAGACUUUACAAACGGGAUAAACAUGGACACCAUGAAAAUGAAUCCACCAAGACAAGACAGCAGGCUUAAUGCAGACAGUGGUGGCGGCAGGCCUCUCCACACCCCUGUGCUGGCGUUUGUCAGUGAGUUUAUGGGCCCUGAGCGUCCCCUCCUACCCCCUGCUGCUGCUCUACCCAGUGGGCUGACUGGUGACCUGGGGCCACAGCCACACAGAGUGAAGCCUAGGAGAGCAACCCACAGUGCAGGGGCCAUCAACUCCCACAGUACCUCACCCCUCACCCUGCCAACUGGACCAGGUGAUGCCAUAUCAUUGAGUGAGAAUUCUUCCUCUAGUUUUCCAAUUGCCUUUCGUUCCCGUGAUGACUGUGCUUUGAGUCCUGAGCGACUAGAUUUGGACAGGCGUGGUCUGGAGGAGUGUCCCCUGCUGGAGGGCAUGGGUAGGCUGCGGCUGCUUAACUUUCAGCACAACCUCAUCACGCACAUCCACAAUCUGUCUCAUCUGCGGCACCUGGCCUUCCUAGACCUGUAUGACAACCACAUCUCCCAGAUGUCUGGCAUCUCAGCCCUGGCCUCUCUCAGAGUGCUUAUGCUGGGCAAGAACAGAAUCCAGAGGAUAUGCAGUCUGGAUAACCUGACUAAACUAGAUGUUCUGGACUUGCAUGGCAAUCAGAUCUCCCAGAUAGAGAACCUUUCCCACCUGUCUGAGCUGCGCGUGUUGAACCUGGCAGGGAACUGCAUCUCCAGGGUGGACAACCUGCAGGGCCUGGACUCACUGACCGAGAUCAACCUGAGACGCAACUGCAUCUCCACUGUGACAGAGGUGGACCAGCUGCCCUGCCUCCAGCGCCUCUUUCUCAGCUGCAACAGCAUCACCAGUUUUGAUGAGCUAGCCUGCCUGGGAGAGUCGUGCUCCCUUUAUGAGCUCACCCUGGAUGGGAACCCAGUAGCCCUGGAGACAUGGUACAAGCAGGCCGCCUUGCGCUGUGUGCUUCAACUCAGACAGCUGGACAUGAAACGUGUCACGGAGGAGGAGAGACGUAUGGCCUGCGUCACGGCCCGGAAGGAGGAUGAGAAGAAGAGGGAGAGUCACAAGCAGGCCAUGCACAAGAGUCCUGCUCAUGUUGUGCCUCAGCAGUUCUACACUCAACUUGGGCUCAAGUCUCAGGACUCCUCAGUGACAAGCAAGGAGAAGCGGCGUCUGGCCAUCCGUAAUGCAGCACUGCAGUGGGAGGGGGUCAGGGCCUGCCUGGAGCUUCCGGCUCAGAACGGAGCCAAGGAAGAAAUCAGCCCUGAGGCAAGCCCCGCCCACAGCCCAGCCCAGACCAAUGGCCUUGCACUGGAACCUUCUCCGGAUGAGCAGCUCAGACGGGUGAGUCCAGUGUCGGCUCUGGACAGGCCAACAGGGGGCAGUGAGACCCGGAUGCGCUCCACCAGUCGCCCCAACAGUCCUCGAGACCCCAAGCUCCUGGAGGCAGGGGGUGUCAACCUGCAGAGCCUCUCCCUGUCAGACAGCCACCUGGCGGAGUUGGAUGGGGAAACCCUGCGCCUGUUCGGCCUCGGAGCACUGGAGGCCCUGGAGAGAGGCUGGGGGGUCCAGACUGCAGGGGCCGUCACUGUCAUAGCCUUCCGCUACAUCCACUUUGAUGCGAUCGUGCCAACACUGCCACGCAUAAGGGUCAAGUUCCCCAACCUAUCUCAUCUGAUUUUCCUGGAGACCAACGUCAGCCGUCUUCCUCAGCUGGCUGCUCUGGCCCAGGUGAGACGUCUGGACCAGCUGACCAUCCACCCAGAGGGGAACCCUGUAGUCAGCCUUUCCCUGUGGAGAUCCUUCCUCAUCUACCGCCUGCACCACUUCAACCUGCAUAAGAUCAACAACCUGGAGGUGACCAUGAAUGACAUGAUCUCUGCAGAGCGUCUGUUUGGGACGCUGGGUCAUAUCGCUGCCACCGAGACACCACGCUGCCGCCUGCUAGUACUGCUGGAGGAGUCCAGACAAAGCCUGCCAUCGAGGAGCCAUAGGGAGUUGGUUGGAAGUGCAGGGGUAGGGUGGGUACCUGGCACCAUCCUCACAUUCCCAUUCCUCUCCCCAGCCAACAGCUCUUCAACUAUAUCACUCCUGGUCCCUGAAACACAGCCAAGCAAAGCAAAAUAUGCCAUGCUGUAGUGGUGUCUCUCUCAGUGCCCCGAGCAGAGCCCUGUCUGUCUGUCUGUCUGUCUGUCUGGAGAAUACUGUUAAAAGUUAAUUGGCAAACUGCCAUUCUGCUGGCUUCCAGUUCUUCUUUAAUAACUCACAUUCACUGACGCCCGAUAUAGAAAACACAAUAAUAUUUGCCAUUUAGCCAACGCUUUUAUCCGAAACGACUUACAGUCAUGCGUGCAUACAUUUUUACGUAUGGGUGUACCCGAGAAUCAAACCCACUACUCUGGUGUUACAAGCACCAUGCUCUACCAACUGAGCUACAAAGGACCACGCUUUACCAAUAGCCGGGAGCUGAUCAUUCUUUUCAGAUCAACAGUGAAACGGUAUUCGAUUUAACCUGCUGACAUUGCGUGAUAAUGCAUAGUUUUGUCAAAUAAGUAUUUAAUAUGUAUAGUAUGGUUGAUAACUUGAACUUUGACCUCUCCAGAAAUACUAGUUGAACAUUAACUUGAUAUUAUAAAGACAGUUUUUAUAAACUGGUACAGGGCAGAUGAAAAAACAAUUGAUGUGACGGCCACUCCAUGGAGAUCAAACAUGCAGCCUAAGGUAAUUCAUAUCAUAAAUCUCCCUACUUCCCUGUUGGCUGGAAUGAAUUCCUCUUUAUGAAUCACAAUACACUUGGUACACUGCAAAAUAUGUUCUGAAAAGUUGAAUGAGUGCCAGAGCGUUUUGUGUGUAAUGUGUAUCUGACUAAUAUAUUGUUUUACAAGGGCUGUGGCUUUGGAAUGUCUUUCAAUGUGUAUUUAUUUAUGCAUGUGUGUGUGCCACAGGUAUGUGUAAUGUACUGUAAAUGUACUGUAUAUCUCUGUCUGUGUGAGGCCUUGAGAUGACAGGCCAGGGCUUGUCUGUCCCUAGCAGCUGCCGUUUUUAUCGUUCGCUGUGAGAAAUGGACGAGCAUGGCAGUUAGUUCACUUCCUUAAUCUGUCCCUUCAGGUUCACUCUGUAUGAUUACCCACAACACCCCUGGGCCUUCUAGAGCGGAGCAUGGAAGAAAUGUCUGAGUAUCAAACAAUACUUUACCUUGAGCUGCCUUAUGCAUCCCUUUUCCCCCCAACUGAGCCCACUGACCUACUCUGCAGCAGCCCUAACCUUUUAAGUGCUGUAAUGUGUGUGUAUUUGAUUAAGGUUUAACCUUCCAUAUAAAACAAUGUCUAAACUUUCCCCUCUCAGCCUCUGCACAGUGCACACUACUCCCUGUAGUUUGGUCCUUCCAGGAAAACCUCUCCUCAGAGAUGGAGAGUGUAGUCCUGUAAUAAUUAAGAUGGGAGUUCACUCUAGUCAUCAGUAAAUGGUUUCAGAUCCAGUACAGACAUGUAUAACCCAGAGCUAUACAUUAUACAGUCAUAGUUAGGUUUGGACAAUCCAUGUGGGAACACAUAUGGUCAUGGGUAGGGCAGAUAUUGCUGUGAAGGUAGCCAGAGCAAAGGCUAUGAUGGCUAUAAUGCUUUUAGUGUAUUGCGGUUGAGGACCAAGUCAUAAUCAAAAGUCAUUGAACAUGGGAGAAGGCCAAAAGGCCUGAAGAUAGGCAAUUCUGGGGUGGGGGACAGCUUGUCCCGUUGUGUGAACCAUCAUGUGAUAGUUUUGACAUUCAUGUCUGUGAUACAAUACUAAUGACUGGAGGCCAGAAAAGAUUCCUGAACCCAAUGUAGGAGUGGUUCAUCCUUCUUCUCAGUGAAUUAAGUUGAUGGUGUGGGCUGUUAUACUGGGGUGUUUGCGUUCAACCUCCACUCUACAGUACAGUAUAAUUGUACAGUAGAGUACAUGCUCAGCUAUGGUGAAUGGGGCUGUUUGAUAGAUACACACCACUCAGUUGAUCCUCUGCCCACCUAUACAUACAGUGUUCAGGCUCUCUGUCUCCGACACAAGCACACACACUUAUCCCAGUAGGUAUUUUAGCCUGCAGCCUCCGUCUCAAUGACUAUUCCAGAGUUCUGGCACCAGCGUUUGGAACAUGUUGGUGCAGUGCUGAAUUUCAUGAGAUGAAUAAUGAUGGACAGGGACGUUUGAUGUAGCUAACAUCCUUUAUUAAUGUUCUCAUCCUGGUUACAUCUGUACCAAUCCUGCUGCUGAAAACUAUACGACUGACAAAGAACUGAUUUAAAAAGUUGUACAAAUUAACUACAUUUAUGUAGAAGUACUUUAUCAUUCUCAAUUCAUUGUUCGUAAAGUAGUUGUUUGACUUGGCUUCCAUGGAAUUCAUGUUGGCACUACUCUAAUAGUAUCUGAUACCAGUCUUGACAGAUGUGUUAAUGCGGAGCAUUGAGUGAAUGCCAUUACUAUUUGUCGAAACGUGUAUUGUGAUACUUUGUUAUUCCCUUCUUUGACGAUGGCACUGUCCCUGGCAGGGUUAUUGGAUGCCCUGAUGCCCCAGACAUGUCUAACUCACCUGCUGCAGCACACCCUGAGAAAUCAGAUUUAUUAUUAUUUGAAAAAAACAAUUUCACAAAAGUACACAAUACUAGUAUUAGCAGACUGAUAUAGACGUCUAAUAGCGUGGGCAAAAAAAAAAAAGAAUUCAGCAUUUCCGCUUUGGCAAAUAAGGUAGUAUAAUUAAGAAGAGUAUCUUGCAGAAUUCAAUAGUUGGAAUUGUAAGAGUUGUUGCCCUGUCCCUUCCUCUGUGAUUGUUAUUCUAAUGGAAUCCAGAAAGAACAAAACCCUGUCCUCAACAUUUACAUUAAAUGGUGAAAAGUUAUGGGUAAAGACAUAAAGGCACAAAACAUCCUCAUCAAAUUAAAUAUUUUUUUUGAUCAAAUAACAUGGGAAACAACCACUUUUUGUGCAGUAUUAAUUUACUAUCAUUACAAACCACUUCAUGUAAAUGUACAUUACUGUAUAGUACAUAGGCUGGUCAUCUAGGUUUCUACAGGUAGACUUUCCAUCACCAUGAAGAAAAACAAUGCACAAUACAGUAAUUGAGUACAUUGACACAUCAAGUGGUUUGUGAUGAUAUGAUGUGGCUCAGUUGGUAAGAGCAUGGUGCUUACAAUGCUAGGGUUGUGGGUUUGAUUCCCACAGGGGACUAGUAUGAAAAAAUAUGAACAUGUAUACAUUUCAAGAAACUGUUAAACAUAUUUCAAGCACAUUUUUUUUAUAUCCCACAAGUAUUAUCGGAUUAACUGUUUUGUACAGAUAAUCAUCAGGCUGAAGUUACAAAUGCUGGUAAACACUCAAAUACAUUUAGUGUAAAAAAUGUAGUGCACCGGACCUUUGCUAGUCUUGUAUUAUCGGACCGAUAUGGACUUCUUUAGUGAGGGUCAUUUAGUUUUUCUGAAACAAAAAAACACAGUACCCGACCCACAAACCACUUCUGCGUUGUCUCAAUCUCUCUCUCUCUCUCUC